AGCGCGGCGCGGAAUCCGCGAACUGCCCGCGGCCCCGAGGGUGCAGCUCCUGGACUGACUGGCGCUGCCCUGACCCAUGGACGCCUCCUCUAGCCUGUGGAAUCCCACCCCGGCUCCCGUCAGCAGUCCUUCCCUGCUGCUCCCCAUCCCUGCCAUCGUGUUCAUCGCUGUGGGCAUCUAUUUGUUGCUGCUCGGCGUAGUGCUGCUCACUAGGCACUGCCUACUGGCCCAGGGUGGCUGCACCGACUGCAGCUCCCCCUGCAGGAAGCAAGGUGCCUCCAGGCCCCAGGACUGUUGCUGGACUUGUGCAGAAGCCUGCGACUUCCCUCUGCCUAGCCCAGCCCACUGCCUGGACACCUGCUGCCCCCAGCCCACAGAAGCGGGUUGGGCCCCUAGCUGUCCCCGCUGCUGUCCGCUCUGUGACUGUGCCUGUGCUUGCCAGCCUCCUGACUGCCAGAGCCUCAACUGUCUCUGCUUCCAGAUCAAGCUCCGAUGAGGGCCCGGAGUCCCUGCCCCUUGGGGCGUGGCCAGCCCCCAGGGCCCACAUGCCCCGCUCCCUGACGGGGCCUCUAGGCCCCUGGAACCACAAAUGGCCUGCCCAGCUCAUCGGCCUGGGAACCAGCGGCGGAGAGCCUGGCUCCCUGCAGAGCAGGACUCAGAGAGCCCCUGGCCAUUUGGACUGCAGCCCCUUUGGAGGGCCAGGAGGGAGAGGGGCUAGUGCUCUGGCAGGUCAACCUGCCCACCUCUCCCCCUUGCCGCAUAAACUAUUAUAAUUGAAGGUGAGGGUGGGAGACACUGCUCACCACAGACCACCUCAUGGGACGAACUUGGGCCUGGAGUAUCAGGAUAUAGGGGUACCACAGCCACACAGUGUCCAUGGACUCUCGGUUAUCUUGAGAUUCCUGUGCGAAGAUUGAUUUCUCUUGACAACCUCUGAGGGCUUCAGACUGGAUUUCCAAGGAAAUGUCCUCCAAAGUACCGGAACUGACCGGCACCAUGCCCUACCAAUACCCAGCGCUGACCCCGGAGCAGAAGAAGGAGCUUUCCGACAUCGCUCACCGCAUCGUGGCUCCGGGCAAGGGCAUCCUGGCUGCAGAUGAGUCCACUGGGAGCAUCGCCAAGCGGCUGCAGUCCAUCGGCACUGAGAACACAGAGGAGAACCGGCGCUUCUACCGACAGCUGCUCCUGACCGCCGACGACCGCGUGAACCCCUGCAUCGGGGGCGUCAUCCUCUUCCACGAGACGCUCUACCAGAAGACAGAUGAUGGGCGUCCCUUCCCCCAAGUUAUCAAAUCCAAGGGCGGUGUUGUGGGCAUCAAGGUGGACAAGGGCGUGGUACCCCUGGCAGGAACAAAUGGCGAGACUACCACCCAAGGGCUGGAUGGGCUGUCUGAGCGCUGUGCCCAAUACAAGAAGGAUGGAGCUGACUUUGCCAAGUGGCGCUGUGUGCUGAAGAUUGGGGAACAUACUCCCUCAGCCCUUGCCAUCAUGGAAAAUGCCAACGUUCUGGCCCGUUACGCCAGCAUCUGCCAGCAGAAUGGCAUCGUUCCCAUCGUGGAGCCUGAGAUCCUCCCUGAUGGGGACCACGACUUGAAGCGCUGUCAGUAUGUAACCGAGAAGGUGCUGGCUGCCGUCUACAAGGCUCUGAGUGACCACCACAUUUACCUGGAAGGCACUUUGCUGAAGCCCAACAUGGUAACCCCAGGCCACGCCUGCACCCAGAAAUAUUCUCACGAGGAAAUCGCCAUGGCAACUGUCACAGCCCUGCGCCGCACAGUGCCCCCCGCUGUCACCGGGAUCACCUUCCUAUCUGGAGGCCAGAGUGAGGAGGAGGCAUCCAUCAACCUCAAUGCCAUCAACAAGUGCCCCCUGCUGAAGCCGUGGGCCCUGACCUUCUCCUAUGGCCGAGCCCUGCAGGCUUCUGCCCUGAAGGCCUGGGGUGGAAAGAAGGAGAACCUGAAGGCUGCCCAGGAGGAGUAUGUCAAGCGAGCCCUGGCCAACAGCCUCGCCUGCCAAGGAAAGUACACCUCAAGUGGUCAGGCCGGGGCUGCAGCCAGCGAGUCCCUCUUCAUCUCUAACCAUGCCUACUAAGCGGAGGUGUUCUAAGGCUGCCCCCUCAACACUCCAGCCCCUGCCCCCUCCCACACUCACUCUUGAAGAGGGGGCCUCACCGGGGCUCCAGGCUGCUCUUUCCCAUCACUUUGCCUCCCGCGUGACAUUGGUGUGUGGUGUUGUCUGUAUAUGCUAACUCCAUCUCUUUCCAGCCCACUGCCAAUAAACAACUAUUUAAGGGGGAGUCUGC